UUAUUAUAACCAGUGACUCUCCCUCUGUGGUGUCCAUAAAAAAACAUUGGAUAGAUAGUCACUGAACACUGGUCGAACAAAUGCCCCAAAGCGUUGGAAACACGGAAGCCACCGCAAAGAUGUGUAAAAGUGACUUGUGACCGUGCUUGUGGUGAUCCAGCGUAGCAAGACGUAUUGAAAUUAAGGUUAAUUUUUUCCCAUUCCCGAACUAACUACCCAAAUGAUCAUUCGGUUAGCUGGUUGCUCAAGUUUUAUAAGCGUCUCGUACCGUAGUUGAUAAGAAUUUGACAAAAAAAAAGUUGAAAAGGCAUACUUCAUUACACAAUUUUACACAAGUCAAAAUCGAAACCAACCAUGGCAGAUCUUAGAAUUGGGGAAUUAUCUCCUGAUCAAACAGAAAAAGUUCUUCAAUUUCAGGACCUAACCGGUAUCGAUGAUUUGUCUGUGUGUCAAGAUGUUCUACGUCGUCACAAUUGGAACUUGGAAGUAGCUGUACAGGAGCAACUCAAUCUGUAUGAAGGAAGACCCUCCAUGUAUGCGCAAGAUUCACGAUCUCGGCCACCCCCAGUCAUUGACGAUACAGGAUUUCGAAUUUACUUUAACCCUCCAAACACUUCGGAUAAUGGCGGCGGUUUAUUCUCCUAUAUUUAUACAUUGUGGUGCAAUAUUGUCUCUAGCAUUGGGCAACUACUCCUUGCUAUAUUUCGCUCAGACAUUAGACCCAUAUCUUCGGAUCCUGUGGAGGACGUUGUAAAUUUCAUAAGAGUAUACGAGGAACGCUAUGGAAAUAUCCAUCCCGUAUUUUAUCAAGGAUCCUACAGUCAAGCUAUUUCUGAUGCUAAACAGGAGCUCAGAUUCUUACUAGUCUAUUUACACAAAGACGAAGCUCAAGAUAUCGAUCAAUGGUGCAGAAGGACUUUGGGGGAUCCAGAAGUGGUGAGGUUUAUCAACACGCGUACACUAUUCUGGGCAUGUAAUGUCCAGUCUGGAGAAGGUUAUAAAGUUUCGGAAGCCCUCAGGUCAGGCACUUACCCCUUCCUUGCCCUUAUUGUUCUCAGGGAUAACAGAAUGACUAUCGUGGGCCGCAUGGAAGGUUCACCAACACCGUCUGAACUGAUUCCUCGCCUGCAAACUAUUAUGGAAAAUAACGAAAUUGGUCUCAUUCAGGCAAGGCAAGAUAGGGCAGAACGUAGUGCAGCUCAAUCUCUGCGUCAGCAACAAGAUGAAGCUUAUGAAGAAUCAUUAAGAGCUGACCAAGAGAAGGACCGACGAAGAGAAGAGGAGCGAAGAGCAAAAGAAGAGAAAGAAGCAAAGGAAAAAGAAGAACUCAAUGCUCAAGAACGGGAAAUUCAAAGAAUUCGUCAAGAGAAAGAGCUCACAGUUAAGAAAGUUCCCUUAGAGCCCAACCUUUCUAAUCCUAACGUGUGUCAUCUUCAAAUAAAACUCGGCGAAAGAACUAUAAAAAGAAGAUUUCUAUUGUCUGACACAACCGAGGACGUGUAUCAUUGGAUAUUCUGCCAGCCAGAUUCGCCAGCUAAUUUUGAAAUUACAACUAGUUACCCAAGAAGAAUUCUUUAUCCAGCCAACAUGAUACGGACAUUGGGUGAAGCUGGAUUAACACAACGAGAAGUGCUACACGUUAAUAAUUUGGAUGAUUAACACUGACCAAUAUACCUACCUACAUUCACUAUUUUCGGUGUCACUCCGAGGAACGAAUGAUUCAGCGGAAAGAGACGUUUACUGAAAGAUAAUAUAUAUUUGAUACAUUCUAGUAUUUUACAUACUACACCACUGCUACAUAGUAGUAAA